AUGGAGACCUGGAAGCUCUAUGAGAGGUCAAAUGUGAUUGAUCUAGUGGAUCCAAAAAAUGCGGGAGGAUGGCCUCAUGCAAAUUUGAGACCACCCAUGUCAGAGAUUGUAGCGAUGUUAACAUGCAAAGUCGAAGUGGUGAGAACACCUAUUAAACCAGCCUUCUUUGAUAGAAGGUGCAAGAAGGAUGAGAAGGUUUCUUGGGAUACUAUCUCAGAGGUUCUCCCAUCCCCUAUGCAGAGUGAGUCACAUUCCUCGCCUUAAUCUCGAAACUAAGGUUGGCACUUCCACACAACAUACUUCUAUACAAAACCAUACAAUAUAAUUUAUGCUAUGAUUGUUAGAUCCGUUUUGCAAAAUUUGCAGAAAUAGUUCAGCUUUGAUCCCUUU